CCUCCAUCUCCUUUCGCGGAAUACCCCAUGACGUUGCAGUUUAACUCCUCCCUCGAUGACCAGCUCUUCACUUUUCAUCAACAUUGUAUCGUCGCCGUCCUUGGGUCCUCCACCGCCUCGAACUCGAACAUGCACACGUAUAGAAAUGCUGCAUUUGCCGUCUCAUAACCGCCUCCACGUACGCGCUCGUCGCUGAGCGGCCUCCUUACCCGCAAUGGCUCCUGAAGCUCCCAGCAACAUCCGUGUCUUCAUACGCUGGCAUGAUCAGACUGUCUUCGCCGGCGAGGAAGUCAAAUGUACGAUUACUUUUAAGAACGCGGCACCAAUACCAGGCCAGCCGAAACCACAGCCGCAACAAUCGGAACGAAGUCGACUGGCCUCGCCUUUGCAUGGUCGCCCCAAGUUAAACCAAGGAUUGACGCCACCGCCGUCAGCAUCUUCCGGCAGAGGGCAUCGUCGUUCUGCCCUUUCUUUAAGCGUUCCUGCAUCGCAAUCACAUAGCCGUACUGGCUCAGUCCAAUGGCCUUCAUCAGCAGGCUCGAGUGAUGGUCGCUCAAGCCACUCUCAUAAGCGCUCUGUUUCCAUUGUCUCGAUAGGAUCCAAUAACACCGUGGAAGACCACACACAACGAAGCGAUUUGCCGUCGCGACCUCAAAGACCGCACCGAGGCCAUGGGCGAGCCUCAAGUUUACAGAUCAUUCCUCGAGCGCAGGGCCAGCUCCCAACCGGGCCUCAUUCCGCAUCCUUUUCUCCUCGUCUCUCGAGCUCUCCUUUGUUUCACGCAUCAUAUCCUCCACCUGAUCGAUUCGGUCGCAUAUCUCGACCGCCAACAACUCCUCACACACCUAUUACAGCCGGCCAACGAAGAUCAUCGCCGCAACAAAUGCCGGAAAAUCCAAUGCCGGAAUUUCGCUUCCCUGCCGCUCCCUCACCUGCUCGAGAAGUACGCCCAAGUUUAUCUAGACGAUCAACAAACGAAAACAUGCUCAGCCCUAGGAACGCUGUGGGCGAUUCCAGCGGACUGUCAAUGCGCCUCAAGGACGGCGUUCCGACGAUCAAUGAGCAGCCUGCACCCGCGGCCCGCAUUCUCGCAAGCAGCGGCGUCCUCGGAGGCACACCGCGGAGUAGUGGAGAGUUUUAUUCUGUCAGCAAUAACUCGUCAGAAACCCUGGUAUCGGAAUACGUGACACAGCAGCCAACUAAUCGUGGACACGCACGCCCACUUAGGAGAAGCCUUGGUAUGCCAGCGCCACAGUCGAGAGCGCCUGAAUCUUUGAUGAUGGGUUAUGCUCAAUUACACGGCUCAUUCUCGUUAGACGGGUCCCUUGUCAGUCUCAGCCAAUUUGACCAAGUCAAAAAGAAGGCUAUAGUUGGCCAAGGUGGUGGCGUCGUUGGUCUCGAGUCCAAACGCGACAGCGGUCUUCUGGGGGGAUUUGGAUGGGGUCGCAUCAGCAGCUCCCUGGGCGAUUUCUUAGGUGGAGGGGAGCUCAGCACAAUCAAGGAGAUGCGAGGGGUUGCAAACUCGAAAUCUGUGCCUCUCUUGACUACACCACAGUCCAUUUUAUUUGUUGAUCUGCAGCUUGCACCAGGAGAGAGUCGAGUUUUCGAGUACUCUUUUCGACUGCCCAAAGGGCUUCCUCCGUCCCAUCGCGGAAAGGCCGUCAAAAUCACAUAUAGCUUGGUUAUUGGCACGCAGAGGGCUGGAGGAACAAAGGAGCAGCAAGUGAAGUCUGUUGAAGUUCCUUUCCGCGUAUUGGGAAGUGUUAACAGCCACGGUGAGAUAUUGGGACAUGACCUGAUGAACCCUUACAUCCUAUUGCGGGACCAGGCCCAAGUGAAAAGCCCCUCGAGCAGUGAUAAGGGAUCAAAAACCAACGGCAAUGGAGCCAAAGGACAACAAACUGCCCUGAAUGACUUUUUAUUUUACGUGGAAGACCUGGUCCACCGACCACGAGAUGAGAGUGGCAGUAUUCUUCUUUCUCCGGCCGCUGGUAACUCUAGGCGACCAUCGGCAUUCGAGGAAGCCAGCAACGCACACGAUGCUAUUCAUAUGGCAAUCAUGAGAAGCAAUAUGACCUCUGGCGGGCAACAGAGCCCGAACCGAUUCGAAAUUGCACGAAAUGGGCAAAGGGUUGGUGUAGUGAUGCUCACGAGGCCUGCCUACCGACUAGGGGAAGUUGUGACAAUGGCCAUCGACUUUACAGACGCUGAUAUUCCGUGUUACGCCGUGCAUACUACAUUGGAAACAUCAGAGAAAGUGGACCCGUCGUUGGCAAUAAGAUCAGAGUCGAGCAUCCACCGAGUGACCCGGAAAGUUUAUUCGUCUUCAUCUGAAGCAACAUUGUACUCACGACGAGUCACCUUCAAGCCAACGAUUCCCAUCACUGCAACUCCUGAGUUCGUUACCAGUGGUGUCAGCUUGGAAUGGAAGAUUCGUAUCGAGUUUGUGGUGCCUUCCACCGGAAGUGAUUCCCCCGCUGAACACGAAAGACCAGCAUACCACCCAUUACUGGAGCAGAUUUCACAAGAUGAAAAGGGAGGGACGGUCCUGGUGGCAGUAGAAAAUCUAAUAUGUGAGAGUUUUGAGAUCGCCGUACCUCUACGUGUUUACGGCGCAGUUGGAACAGGACUAGAGCGGCUUGAGCGGGACGAGGCUUCUGAAGAAGGCCUUGCUGUAUGAUGAAAGUUGGACUAACCAUAUAUUUGGUGCUGGGUGUUGGAUAUUUACUACUAUGGGAUCUGAAACAGCUCGGUUUAUAAGACAAGGAGCUUGUUGCAAAUAGAAUAUCGGAGUUUGUAUGACAGAUCAAAAAGAGCGGGAGCACUGGUAAUUGAAGAAAUUAACUUGUUCUGGUAAGCAUGAGCCAUUAGCGUCAGGGAUUUUGCGAAAUGGAUGUCCCCAAGGGUUGUUUGUGAGCCUUGAAGCUGUGUUGCCAAAUAAUAGACCAACUGUGAUGAAGACGCGUUCGAGUCUUAAGGCGGUUGUCAAAACGGAACUGUGCACAGAUGGAUUCCCUCGUUUAAGAGCUAGGGCUCAUGGAUUGACUAGCUUCCCAAUGGCCAAUGCUAGGACUCUAAACCGAG